AUGUCCACUCGCCCCUGCGGAAACUGCAAGAAGACUGUUUAUGUCAAUGAAAAGAUGGAUGCGGAGGGGCGCUGGUACCACCGCCCCUGCUUCAAGUGCAUGGCGCCAAACUGCGGGACAUCGCUCACGAUGCGCACGUUCCAGAUGGCAGCCCUGGACGAAUCAGUAAUUGACGAACUGACCCGCCGGCCCUUGAAGGUUCUUGUCUGCAAAGAGCACGUCCCCAUGCCCAAGGCCACCAUCAGCUCCGACUCGCUCAGCCUCAAGCACUCGACCUCGGCCCCCAAACCAGCCAUGGCCGGUCUUCAUCGUUCCCUCAUGGGCGAUCGCAGCAAGGAUGGUCAAGCAGAGGAAGGCGAACACACCCCCACCAAGGCCUACUCUCCACGCUCGCUCGAUCAAGGAUCGCAUGCUAAUUUCCUGAAGGGAGGACUGACCAAGGAACAAAAGGACGCGCCACUCUCUGUCUCGACUGCUGCGACGUCUUUGACUUCUUCAAAGUCUCAUGAUGCCCUUCACUCUGGCGGCUCUAGCGCCAAUGCCCAUACCCCCAAGUCUGCGGAAUCCGAGGUCCGUUCAAUGUUGACUACCACGCUACCAAAGUUCCGUGGCGGCCGGUUCACAGUUGCGCCUUCUUCUGCUACCGCAGAUUCGAUGGCCGUCUCGCAUACUGCGGCAGAGAAUGCUCAAGACCCAACCAAGGACGACGAUUCGUUCAGGACCAUUCCUAUCCGCCACCGCGAUUACGGUCAUACCGAAGGUGACCUUGAGGAAGAAGAUAACAAGCAGGAGCGUACCUUUACCAUGAAAACAUCCCACAACAACAAACACAGCAGCCACGACAUCUACAACGAGGACCUGCUCGACCCCCACGCAGAGUUGCGCGACGUUGAUGUCUCGCUCGAAACGGUCGAGGAUGUCUCCAAGCAUAUCGACCACGAUCACAUUCAUAUCAACCUCAAGGACGCGCAUGCAGUCGAUGAGGCUGAGGUCAAGGCCCCCCACGACGAGAAGGAGGAUGACAAAUUGGUCAGUAUGGCGUUCCAAUCCAAAUUGAUGGACCAGCACUCCAAGAAGGACGAUGCGGAGGUUGAUGAUGACGAGUGGGAUGCUACUCCUGCUGAUGAUUAUAGUCGUCGCGAUACCGUUGCUGGCAUGUAA